UGAAAUAUUCACACGCAGCUGCAACUUCCUGAGAUAAUUGAGGAGAAUCAAUUUGCAAAAGUCGAUAUGAAGAAUGUGAAGAUAAUAAAGCAAACUGGUAAAAAAGGGGCAAAAAAGAAAAAAAAGGAGAAAAAAGAAAUGGCCAAAAAUGAAGAAAAUAAUAAUAAUGCUGUGGAGAAUCGUAAAAAAGAGAAAGAAAUAAGAGAAAAAAAUUGGGAAGAAUGUUGGUAUAGAAAGCUUCAAGAACAAGAAGAACGUGAAGAUAAAGCUUUUUGUUCAAUUCAUGGUUUCUAUCCAAAGCCAAAAAUUCAAACAAACAUUUGGCUUCAAGUCACAUAUGGAAAAUUGUCACAGGAUGUUCAACUCUGUUUCAAAAAUGAUCUUAUUCCAAAACCGCCACCACCGCCGCUUCCUCUUUUAAAAAUAGAAGAAUUCAAACCACCAGCUGUUGAAAAAGAUGAAAGAGAGAAAGGAAAACGAAAAGAAAAAAGAAAAUAAGAAAUACUUGACAAAAACUUUAGUCCGUGGGAUGGUUUUUAAAAGAAGAGGCUGCCCUAAAGAAAAUAUAUAAGAAGGGGUGAAAGUUGUUAUUCUUGUCACAUAGGUCAUUCACCGUGUAUAUAGGAAGUGGAAUAUUUGUCAGGACGUAGAUGACAUUGUGCGCCGACUCCUUCUCAACCCUUGGUCGGGGGGACAAUUUGGGGUGGUAGGCCGAUAUUCUGGCGCCUGCGUUGGAUUCAGGGUGAGAAUCUUUCUCUAGGACAACGUCAGCAAUCAUGUAUUGGAUCGCAUAAUGAUAACGACUUCAUUUAUCUCAUCGAAUUGAUCUUCCCCAAAUUUUUCUCAUUUUUUUUCUCAAUUUUAUUAAGAAAACGAAAAUGAAUAACUCACCCCAAAAUUCGGAUGUUAAAUCUACACACCGUACCGGCAUUGAUAAUAGUGAUGAAGAGGAUUGGAGUGGCGUUGUAGAAUGUGCUGUUUUAGAGAGAACAAAAUCUGAACGAGCAGCACGUUCUAAUGAAAAUCGACGACGUCGCACAAUUAUUGUUGAGAAAAAAAAUGGCUCGUAUGGUUUCACGUUACAGAGCUAUGGAAUUCAAUAUAAAAGGGAACAAGAAGUCGAAAUGGUCACCUAUGUAGAUUACGUUGAAAGCGAUGGACCUGCUUCUAAAGCUGGGAUGAGAGUUGGCGAUGUAAUUGUUUCAAUAAAUGGUCAAGAAAUGGAUCGUGCUGAUCAUGAGACGUUGGUGAAUUUCAUUAAAAAUUGUGAUUCCCGAAUGCGAAUGGUCGUAUCGUUUGAAGAUUGUCUCAAAAAGGUUGGAUUACAUAUGCGUUAUAUAAAAUUACAACAAGCUCUUCAAUCGCGUCUUAAUGAAUUGGAACGACUUUGCGAAAGGGAACGUUCAAUUUUAAUGGGUCGUUGGAAAACACAUUCACUGCCUGCACGUAAAAGAACGCCUAAUAAUAAUUCUUCAAACAAUUCCAAUCAACCGUCAAAGCCUUUGAAUUUGAAUUCUUCUACAGUUCAAUGUUGUCGUCCUGCGACUUCCACGGAACAUUUACUUUUAUAUUCUGUGUACGCUGAUGGUCGACCAUUUCUAAUACCAAGAAGUGCCGCUUGUUUAGUAGCAGUUGGUCCACCGCGAUCACGAAGCGAUCAUCAUCAUUUUUUAUCUAAAAAUCCAAGUGAAACAUCAUCUCGUCACAGUUAUCAUCAAUCGAAUGGAUUACUUGGAACGCCAGCAAAAUCAAAAUCACACAAAGGUAGCCAAAAAAAUUGUAAUUCAAAUAAUGAAAAUCAAAUUCAUUCGACGUCGCACAAUUUGUGUGUGGCGUGCAUUAGCGCUUCACGCCGUCGUGAUACAUCGGAUGGUGGAAGUUUAGACGCUUAUGAUUUAGCGAGUCCUUGCUGUGAUCCAAAUUGUGUACCAAGUAGAAGACGUCGAGAAAAACAACGAAGAGCGAGACAUGAACAAAAUCUCCAUCAACAACAGCAGCAGCAACAGCAACAACAACAGCAGCAGCAGCAGCAAAAACAUCAUAAACAUCAACAAACAGAUCAUCAUCAUCAUCACCAUCAUCGUGAGCAACAUAAUUCACAUAAUUGUUCACGUGCCUCAGGUCAUAGUUUACAUUCAAUAACAAGUAGUGAAAUAUCAACGACUGUUGAAAGUGUCGCAUCAUGUUCAACAUCAUUGAGUACAGACACACUCUAUUGGGAUCAAAAUCAUCAUCCAAGACAAUCAACAUGUUUACAAUAUGCAAAACCAAAAAGUUGGGAUAAUUUAACAACAAAAGCAUUUGGUGGUUAUGGAUUUGGUUAUGGUUAUCUUGAUACAGCUUCAGUUAAAACGCAUAGCGCUGAAAGGCCUGGUAAAAAUUCACAUAGAACAAAAACAACCCCAACUGGUUCAAUACAACGAAGAUCAACGGGAACAUCAACGACAACUGUUUAUUCAAGUUCAAAUCGUUGUUUUCAACCGACAAAAUCAACUGAAAGCCUAUUAAUUCCAUCGCCUUAUCAGCAAACUGAAUUGGAAGGUUCAAGUGUCAGUUGUGAAUGUUUAGAUGGUCCUGGUACAAGAUUUAUUACUGUUCAACUUGAUAAACAUAAUAUAAGACAAGAUGAGAAUAAUUAUUCAACAAUUAGUGGUCAUUCAUUAAAUAGACAACAUCGUCGCUCUAGUCAUUCGGAUAAUAAAUUAAGAGCUAUGAAUAGUUCAGAAGUCACGAGAUUGUGAAUAUAAUGUCAUUUAUAUUAUGAUGAUUUUAGUAGAAUAAAUUAUGGUACCAUGUUGCA